AGGAGCCGAGCCGCCGGGGUCUCACUCGCCGAGCCGAGCCGAGCGCGGGGCCUUGUUCUCCGGGGCGGCCGAAGGGGGUUCCGGAAGGCGGCGAAGCCCGGCGUCGGCGGGUGCGGCGGGGGGUGCUCGGCGCGGCCGUGGGGGGCGCCGGGGCCUGGCUCCGGGCCGGCGCCGGCCUCAGCGUCCCGAGCGUGCGGGCCGGGAUGCGCCGCGACGGCUGAGGCAGCGGCGGUGCCGGCUGCGCGCGCCCGCCCGCGACUUCCGCGAGCCGCCCGGCCCGCGCCCCGGGCCUCGCCGCGCGCCCGGGCCUGCCCCGCGAGCCCCCCGCGUCCUUUGUGCGGCCGGCGGCGGCGGCGGGAGCGGCCAUGGCGGCCAACAUGUACCGGGUGGGGGAUUACGUCUAUUUUGAGAACUCCUCUAGCAAUCCUUACCUGGUUAGACGGAUUGAGGAGCUCAACAAGACUGCAAAUGGAAACGUGGAGGCAAAGGUGGUCUGCCUCUUCCGGCGAAGGGACAUUUCCGGUAGCCUCAACAACCUGGCAGACAGUAACGCCAGGGAGUUUGAAGAGGAAUCAAAGCAGCCAGGGGUGUCGGAGCAGCAGCGGCAUCAGCUGAAGCACCGGGAGCUUUUCCUCUCCCGGCAGUUUGAAUCAUUACCAGCUACCCACAUACGGGGGAAGUGCAGUGUGACCCUCUUGAAUGAGACGGAUAUCUUGAGCCAGUACCUGGAAAAGGAGGACUGCUUCUUUUACUCACUGGUGUUUGAUCCUGUGCAGAAGACACUUUUAGCCGAUCAAGGGGAGAUCAGAGUUGGCUGCAAAUACCAAGCUGAGAUUCCAGAACGCCUGGUUGAGGGAGAAUCUGAUAAUCGGAACCAGCAGAAGAUGGAGAUGAAGGUCUGGGACCCAGACAAUCCCCUGACCGACCGACAGAUCGACCAGUUUCUCGUGGUGGCCCGAGCCGUCGGGACCUUCGCCAGAGCCCUGGACUGCAGUAGCUCCAUCCGGCAGCCCAGUUUGCACAUGAGUGCCGCUGCUGCCUCCCGAGACAUCACACUGUUUCAUGCCAUGGAUACCUUGCAAAGGAAUGGCUAUGACCUGGCCAAGGCCAUGUCGACCCUGGUGCCCCAGGGUGGCCCCGUGCUGUGUCGCGAUGAGAUGGAGGAGUGGUCGGCCUCCGAGGCCAUGCUGUUCGAGGAGGCCCUGGAGAAGUAUGGGAAGGAUUUCAACGAUAUCCGCCAGGACUUUCUACCUUGGAAGUCGCUCGCCAGCAUUGUCCAGUUUUAUUACAUGUGGAAGACCACAGACCGCUAUAUCCAGCAGAAAAGGCUGAAAGCAGCUGAAGCCGACAGCAAGCUGAAGCAGGUCUACAUCCCCACCUACACUAAGCCAAAUCCUAACCAGAUCAUCUCUGUGGGUUCAAAACCUGGCAUGAAUGGGGCCGGAUUCCAGAAGGGCCUGACUUGCGAGAGUUGCCACACCACCCAGUCUGCCCAGUGGUAUGCCUGGGGCCCACCCAACAUGCAGUGCCGCCUCUGUGCUUCCUGUUGGAUCUACUGGAAGAAAUACGGGGGCCUGAAGACCCCCACCCAGCUCGAGGGGGCUGCCCGGGGCACCACAGAGCCACAUUCGCGGGGUCAUUUGUCCAGACCCGAAGCCCAGAGUCUGUCCCCGUACACGACCAGCGCCAACCGGGCCAAGUUGCUGGCCAAGAAUAGGCAGACGUUCUUGCUCCAGACCACCAAGCUGACGCGCCUGGCCAGACGCAUGUGCAGGGACCUGUUACAGCCCAGGAGAGCUGCCAGGCGGCCGUAUGCCCCCAUCAACGCCAAUGCCAUCAAGGCAGAGUGCUCCAUUCGUCUUCCAAAGGCCGCCAAGACGCCGUUGAAAAUUCACCCGCUGGUGCGGCUGCCCCUGGCAACUAUCGUCAAAGAUCUGGUGGCCCAGGCACCUCUGAAACCAAAAACACCCCGGGGUACCAAGACACCAAUCAACAGAAACCAGCUAACCCAGAACCGGGGCCUGGGGAGCAUUAUGGUUAAACGGACCUAUGAAACUAUGACAGGAGCAGGGCUCCCCUUCUCUGCCAAUGGAAGGCCUCUGGCCUCAGGGAUCCGUGCAAGCUCUCAGCCAGCCGCCAAGCGCCAGAAACUAAACCCCGCCGAUGCCCCCAACCCUGUGGUGUUUGUCGCCACAAAGGACACCAGGGCCCUGCGGAAAGCUCUGACUCAUCUGGAAAUGCGGCGAGCUGCCCGCCGGCCCAACUUACCCCUGAAGGUGAAGCCCCCGCUGAUCGCAGUGCGGGCCCCCGUCCCCCUGCCUGCACCCUCACAUCCUGCCAGCACCAAUGAGCCUAUUGUCCUGGAGGACUGAACGUCCAGGGGGCAGGAGGUGGACAGAAAGCCGGGGCUAGGUGCCAGGGCACCCACCCUCCCCGCCGUCUGCUUGGGAGGGGGCAAGCGUGUGUCCUCGGAGGGGUCAGGUGCCCUCUGGGGUCACCAGGGGAAGGCCUGUCCCCUCCGUGCUUCUCCAUGACUGGUGAUGGAGCGCUGACUGCAGGAACGUGGCUCACUGUGGGAACCUAGCCUGUGACGGCUAGGAGGACCCACAGUUGUCUCGGACAGUUUUGGGGGGAGGGUUUUUUAAUUUUUUUUAAAACUGUUGCCUCCCUUUGUGAAAGGGAUGGGGCGGGGAGAGCAGACAUCAGGUGGUGGUACCUGGUUGGGGGAGGGGGGCAUGCACUGCCUUGACUGCCAUUUUUUCUUUUUUUUUUUUUUCUAACUGGGGGUUUCUUCCUGUCCGGUGUCCGGACUUUUCCUAAAUUGGAGUUUGAGGCCCCUAAGCUGGCAUCGACCCCAGCCCAUGCUCGCUUACCUUACCUCCCUAGUCCCUCCGCCUUUUGUAUGCCAAUUCUCAGAAAUAAAGAUCUUUUGUCCGUUUUUUAACCUCGGAUUCUGUAAUUGGUUCUUAUAGUAACAAAUAAAAAGCUGUUUUCUUCA